UAUUGUGAUUAAGUCGCUCUGGAUAAGAGCGUCUGCUAAAUGACUUAAAUGUAAAUGUAUUUUUACUAGGCGUCUUCCACCACUUUUGACAUAGUUUGUAACCGGAUCCAAAGAAAUCGUGGACAGACAUCUAUUCGAGCCAAUGAAACCGCUUGUUUUCUGCGGUUUGUGGAAUCCAAAUCCAGGCCUGCCUACAGUAGCAUAAUGUCAUCAGCUCAGAGACGGAAAAGGAAGCGUCCCCCCCUAGUUAAAUGAAAGUCAAUGAACUAAGAAGACCAGACCCAUCUGCUAUUGCAUUGGUGUCAGUUAAGUAGACCUGAACUUACAACUUAUGUUCAAUGAUAAACGGACAGAGUGAACAAUCUUAAUUUAUCUGCCAUCUUUGAUCAGUUGUCAAGACACACGUGUGUCGCUAACACUAUUAACAUAUACUUCAGUUCGUUGAAGAGAGAUGGCGCUAAUUGGAGUGCAGCUGGUGGUCAGCUUGCUGGCUGCUAGCAUCAUGCAGAGAAUGACUCCACACUGUUCUUUUGCCCGCUGGCUUCUAUGCAAUGGCAGUCUAUUCCGGUUCAAACACCCCUCUGAAGGAGAGCUGUGCGCCCUGGCAGGCAAACAGAUGCCCAGCAAGCCCAGCAGGAGAGACAGGAGACAGAAUGGGGACAGCAAGCCUCUCACAGUGCCGAAGGACAUCGACCUUAACUUAGAAAAAGCUCCAAUUGGUGUCCUUGAUGCCCUUGUACUGCGAUUCUUCCUGGAGUACCAGUGGUUGAUUGACUUUGCAGUGUAUGCGAUGGGCAUCUACCUUUUCACUGAGGGCUACUUCUGUGUAGUUGACCCUGCCAUGGAGGUCCACAUUGGGGCCUUCUGGUGUGUGCUGACUGUUCUCUGCUGCCUGAAAACCCUCCACUCCCUGAUGGGCCACUAUUUCCGGUCUGACGAGGGGGGUGAGCGUUCAGUGUGCUUGGCCUUUGGUUUCCUAUCUCUGCUGUUGGCCAUGUUGGUGCUAGUGGUCAGAGAAGACUACCUGGAGUUUGGCCUGGAGCCUGGUUUUAACAGUCUUUUUGACAACCUUGAAGUUUUCGCAAAACAGCAAGGCUUUGCUGAGUGGUCAGUCCCUGUGACCAAGCUGACUGUGAAGUUGGGUCUGGCUGCCAUCUGUGCUUUUAUUGGUGCUUUGCUGGCCUUCCCUGGCCUCCGCCUAGCCCAGACCCACCUGGACGCAGUUCAGAUGAACUCAGACCGCCCAUUCAUCCAGAUUCUGUUGCACAUUAGUUUUCUGGCUCCAGUGGUGGUGAUCGUGUUGUGGAUCAAACCCAUCGCUAGGGACUUCCUGGGGAAUGCUCCCAUGGGGAAGACCUCGGUCAUGCUUAUGUCAAGCGUGAUGUUUGACAGUGUUCGUCUGUGGACGGUGGUGGUGCUGUGCUGCCUGAGGCUGGCCCUGACCCGCUACCACAUGCAGGCCUACCUCAACCUGUCCCAGAAGUGGGUGGACCAGAUGAAGAAGGAGGCAGGACGCAUCGCUGCCAUCGACAUCCAGAGGAAGGUGACCCGAGUGUUCUGCUACCUGACCAUAGUCACCCUGCAGUACGUGAUCCCUGUUCUACUCCUCCUCUUCUCUACCCUGGCUCUGAAGGUCCUGGGUGACUUCUCAUGGAGUGGUGCGGAGCAGGCUCCGGGGGUGACUCCUGCCCUGGUAAUGCCCACAGUCACUCCCGUCCUGCCAGGGCUGGAGGAGGACGAGGAUGGGGUGGAGUACAUGGAGGAGGACAUCCAGGCCACGGUGGCUCGUCUGACAGAGGGCUUCUCAGCCCUGCGCUCCGUCCUCACCCCACUCUUCUUCAGAGGCCUCUUUGCCUUCCUUACCUGGUGGGUGGCCGCCUGCCAGGUCAUCAGCAGCCUGUUUGGCAUCUACUUCCACCAGUACCUCAUGCAGAACUGAGGAAGAAUACACAGAACUACACUAUCCACAAUACCUAGCUAACACAAGCCCAGUGUGAUGUAGGCAGGUAAAACUCUUUAACACAACAGAAGGACAGGAUGGGUGCUCUUGUCUUACUGUAACUAAGGUGUCACGGAUGUGAAAAAAAGACACGAGGCUUUCUUCUGACACACUACUACUUUGUUGUCCUGUGGGACACAGAUGAUGUUGCCUGUGACUGCCUGGGGACUAUGAUGGAGAUGCAGUAUAAUGGGGACUGAACUCUGUCCCUUGCUACUUAACACAUUUAUCUUAAGCCAGUGUUAUUAAUUUUUCAUCACACAAUAUUGUUAAAUGCUGAAAAUGAGACUUUACUAUUAGGAAAAAGGUACCACUAUUAGAAGCUCUAGAAGCUCUUGAAAAUUGUCGUCCUAUAGUUUAAUUAUUAUUAUUAUUUUACCUUUUAUUUAACUAGGUAAGUCAGUUAAGAACAAAUUCUUAUUUUCAAUGACGGCCUAGGAACAGUGGGUUAACUGCCUGUUCAGGGGCAGAACGACAGAUUUGUACCUUGUCAGCUCGGGGGUUUGAACUUGCAAAAAAGUCAAGUGUUGAAAGGGUCAAUUAAAAAGGUGUCUGGUUGUUUUUUUUUUAAUACAAUAACUGGGGCAGGUGUGUCGUUUCCACUAGUCCAACGCUCUAACCACUAGGCUACCCUGCCGCCCCUGUUCUAAUACCGUACCGAUUGUCAUGAACCCAUGGAGUUCAGUCUAUAUAGCAGUCAUCACCACUUGUGUAUGGAUUGAUCAAACUCGGGCCUUGCCUGUUCAUUCUCCUUAAUCAUUUAUACCCACCUUUUAAAACGAAGCACAGAGGAUCAGUUACUGUGUUUAUUUAAUGAAGGGAUUCAGAGGAAUUCCAAGUGCCUGGAAACUCAGGGAUUUUAAGUCAAUGAUAUGAUCUUUUUUCAUGAAAUGUUUUUUUUCUCUGUAAAAUGGUAGACUGGUGAUAGACAUUUAUCUGUAUCAUUUGAUAACACUCCAGCCCAGACUGGAUUUGGCCAAAUUGACCUGUUAUCAACCAUCUUUCAGUCUCAGCAAAGUUUGUUAGUUGUUUGAACAAGGUACUUUGUCUUUUAUUGCUGCCAAACUAUAAUUUACAGAUGUAGGCUUAGAACAAAUCUCGCUUAAACCUAGGUCUGAAAUGCGUUGCUGAUUGUAGUGUCAACGUUUUUAUUUAUUUUUCAUGUAUUUAUUUCUACUCUAUUGCCCCUGGUCAUAUUGUGUUGGAAAUGUACAGGUGUCGUGGUGCUGUACGUUUGGGUCAUGGUUUAUGGCACACGUGAUUUAUUUGAUUUAAUGUUCGCUAAUCAUUUCACGGUGUGUGUGUGGUUUGUAUGAAGAUGCUGUUUUUACAAUUUAAGAGACUUCUGAAUGCAUGGCGCUAACUUUAGUUGUGUACAAGUGUUUUUAUUUGGUUGUGUGGCUUAAUAAAACAAUAAUUGACUAUU